CAGAGUCUCAACCUCCCAGCAACCCGAGGGCGCUUUUUUUCAAUGUGGCAUCCCUCGCACUCCUCGCUCUUAGAAACAUAGGGACGAAUCACACUCGCCGUCGCCGCCAGAGACACGCUACGAUCCCAUCACCCCGUCGGCCUCCGCUCGGCACUUCCAAACCCCCCUGUCGUCCACACACCACCAAAACCCCCCACCACAACAAUGUCCUCGGGCCCCCUCCUCUCCCAACAACUGCCCCUCCUCCUCGCCCAACUCUUCCACCUCCCCAAACUCGCCAUCCACGGCCACAUCAUCCUCCUCUCCGCCUUCGUCUGCCACACAAUCUACCGUCUCUCCAACACCCUCUCCCUCCGCCUCCCCGGGCCGGCGCGCGCCCACUACGCCCGCCUCACACCCGCGAAGAAGGCCGACUGGUGCAUCCAUGUCGUCUCACUCCUCCACUCGGUCAUCAUCUGCUGGCUUGCCGGGCGGCAGGUGCUGGCCCCGUGGAUCGACCCGAGCGGGCCGGAGGCGCUGGUGAGGGCGAGGCUGGCGGGGGACAAGAUCGGGGCGUAUGACGCCGAGGCCGGGUUUGUGCACGCCAUCGCGUGCGGGUACUUUCUGUGGGACUCGAUCGUGUCGGUGUAUUAUGUGAAGCAGUUUGGCGUGGGGUUUGCGGUGCAUGGCAUUGCUUGCUUGUGCAUCUUUGCUAUGUCUUUUAAACCCUUCCUGAACUACUACGGCACGCCCUUCCUCCUCUUCGAGCUCUCAACACCCUUCCUCAACAUCCACUGGUUCUGCGACAAAACCGGCCGCUCCGGCUCCCGCCUGCAACUCAUCAACGGCGUGGUCCUCGUCCUCGUCUUCUUCUCCGCACGGAUCUGCUACGGGUUCUACAACUCGUACGAUUUCUUCGUCAUGAUGCAUCGCAACAAGAGCGAGAUCUCGAAUGUGUUUCUGUGGGUGUAUGCCGUCGGGAAUGUGCUGCUGAACGGGCUGAAUGUGUUGUGGUUCUUCAAGAUGGUCACGGCGAUAAAGGCGAGGUUCAAUGUGGCCAAGAAGGGGGACGGCGGGGAGAUGUCGCGGGCGAGUGGCGGUGGAAGCCGGAAAUCCAAGAAGAGCUCGUAAUGGGGAGACGAAUGGGGGGAGUAUCGAGGGGUUGGAACUUUGCUUUUAGAGGGGGUCAUACACAUAUGUCUUUCCGGCCCGGUAGGAUUCGGAUUUUUCGCUGUAAAUAUUUCGAAAAUGCAAAACCGAGGAUCUCGAGUAAAGUGAAGC